AUGCCGACAAACGAGAACAAACCGCUGGGCGCUGGUUCCCGUCUCCCGCGACCCGCUUCCUCACCUGACAAACCACCCCCCACACUCUCAACAAAGCGCAAGGCUGACGAUGACGGACAGUCCAAUCGCGUAUCCAAGGCACCUGCGCUGGGGACAAGCAUUACCAACCGUCCCGCGGGCUUACGUGCUUCUCGUGCUGAGCGAGGCUUCGUCCCUACAUCAAAUGCAGCCGCCAAGAAGAAACCUGAAAGGGGGCUCACGAUCCCUAGGGCACCUGCACUGACUAAGACUUCGGCAGAAAAGCUUGCUAGUCAAAGACAGCUGAGCCAGACGGCUCGCACCCGUCCUCCGUCUGUCGAGCCUCGAGCGAGGCAGGCAAGUGGACCGGGCUCAGCAACAGGAGGAUCGAAGAGCAGUGUACUGGCGCGAGCGGUCGCGAGCCCUCCACCGGACGCAAUGAUUUCCAAUAUUCUAGAAGAACUCAAGAAUGAAGUGCGAUCGAACCGUGUUGAGAUGGCUUCAUUCAAGGCCUUCAAGGAUCAGCUCACAGUGGAGCAGCUCACUACCAUCCGGCAAGCUGAGGCUGACGUCGGGAAGCAAUACCAAGCUUCCACGGCCGAGCUUGAGUCCCUGCGCUCUGCGCACUCUCGCGAACGACAGGACUGGGAGAUUGAGCGCAUGAAGCUUGGCCGCGAACUCCGGGAGGUGCGAGAAGACCUGCGUGUAGCGCGGGAUGAUCUUGGAAGGGAGAGGGAGACGUCUAGCGCUCUGAAACGGGCGAUGGCGGAGCAGAGUAAUCACCACUUAACGCUGGAGACGCAGGUGGGAGGCCUGCGGGGGCAAGCAAUGCGUUUGCAAGAGGAGAUCAGAGGGAAGGAAGGUAGGAUCGGGGAGUUGGAGAUCAUGCUCGAACAAGCUAGGCAGGUGGUAUUGGACAGAGAGCAGGAGCUUAGAGAUGCCGAGGCAUUGAGACGGAAGCUGCAUAAUACUGUUAUGGAGCUCAAGGGGAACAUCAGGGUGUUCUGCAGAGUUCGCCCGAUCUUGCCUCAUGAGACUGAGAAUGACGAGGGGAUGGCUUUGAUCAGUUUCCCUGGCAAGGAGUGCAGGGAGAUUGUCCUUUCCCAGUCCUCAGAGACUGCCACAGGCGCGUCAAGAGAAGCAGUCCUGCCCUUCAGCUUUGAUCGUGUCUUCCAACCCCAAGCUUCUCAAGCCCAGGUAUUUGAAGAGAUCUCGCAACUCGCACAGUCCUGUACGGACGGGUACAACGUAUGCAUCUUUGGGUAUGGCCAGACUUCUUCCGGCAAGACAUACACCAUGGAAGGUGGCACGGCAGAAGAGGCACAGGGAAUGAUUCCCCGAGCGGUGAGGCAGAUCUUCGAGGUGACGGAGGAGUUGGCGAGAAGGGGCUGGAAAUAUAAGAUGGAAGGCCAGUUUUUGGAGAUUUACAACGAGACCAUCAAUGACCUUCUUGGAGUGGGCGAAUUGGACAAGAAGCAUGAGAUCAAGCAUGAGAAGAACGGCAGGACGACCGUCACAGAUGUUGUCAUUGUACCAUUGGAGUCGCCUUCCCAAGUGCGCACACUGCUCGCCCGUGCCCAGAGUCGGCGUACGGUGCACGCAACCCUCAUGAACGAACGCUCAUCCCGCUCUCACUCUGUCUUCACCCUCCGCGUAAGUGGGACCAACCCACUCACGGGCGAGUUCUGCGAAGGCUGUUUGAACCUUGUCGACCUUGCCGGCUCAGAGCGUCUUGCCACGAGCGGGGCAGCGAACGAUAAAGACCGGCUGAAAGAGACUCAGGCGAUCAACAAGAGCCUCAGUGCGCUGGGCGACGUUAUCGCUGCUCUGGGCGAGAAGGGAGCGGCGGAGAAAGCCCAUAUCCCGUACCGGAAUUCGAAGUUAACAUACUUGCUUCAGAAUUCACUCUCGGGGAAUUCCAAGACACUUAUGAUGCUCAAUUUGUCACCACUUGCCGCCCAUCUGAACGAGUCACUGUGCUCUCUGCGCUUCGCAACCAAGGUCAACAACACCCAAAUCGGCACUGCUCGCAAACAACAGGCUCGUGUCUCUUCAUGA